ACCGUACUUUGGAAAAUCUCCCAGGUCCUAGCGCUCAGUUAAGUGAUUGACAGACAAACGACAAAUUUUUCCAAAGGUUCACUUCGCUAUACGAGUUUGAAAAGAAUUGUGCUUAAAGUUGUCGUAUAUUUAUUAGCUUUUAUAUUACAGAAAAGCUUUAUGAUCCGGUUUCAGUUGUCAGGCUAGCUAGCCAACAUGCUAACCAAGCUUAGGUGGGUUAUGGCAGAUAGCUUAGCAAUCUAUCUUAACAUUCACUUCCCGUUGUCUAGAAUUCAUUUAGCUAGCUUGCUAAGAUAAAUGAAUUAUAGACAACAGGAAGUGAAUGUGGAGCUCAUCUUCAGUCCCCAAAACUAUCAUGGCAAAUAUGCUAGCAAACUACUGCGCUCAAUUCAACAACAGCACACAGCCCACUGACUGUCCUGUUGACAGGCCAGUGGUUUGGGUUACGAGUGCCUUAAUCAUUGGCUCGUACUGAUUUGCCAGUAGUAUAACCAUUCUUCUAAUGCUGUGUACACUAAUGUUCACUAGAAGUUGGUGAAAUCAAAUUGCCCUUUCUUCCUGUAUUUGCCUGGGACAAUGUGAGGCGCAUUUUGAUUUCCUUGUGAUACUCUCAAGUUGUGUUAUGUCGCGCCUUCUUUGACUUAUGGCAUCUUAAAUUAGGUCCAAGCUGAUACACCCUUAACAACAAUAUCUUUACAAAGAUCUAUGCGCUACCACGAAUAAAUAUCUACAUUAAAAUCAGUAUUGUGUGAUAGUAUGCUUUAAAGUAAAUGGGCCACCUAUUCUGACGGCGGAAAACAUCGAUAAGCCUCUCAAUCUGCGACCAGUGGUGGUCCUCUGGAGAAGAGUGCAGCAAGAAUGUGAAAAAAAGGAUGGAAACCAUGACUCUUAGAAAAGAGGAUAUGUGCAUAUACGGCCACUGCCCUGCGCAUGACGAAUUCUACCUGGUGGUGUGCAGUCACUGUGGGCAGGUAGUGAAACCCCAAGCUUUUGAAAAACACUGCGAGCAUCGGCAUGGCCCAAUCAGCAAGCUCUAUGGCCCCCACGCGUCCCUCUCAUUGCCACAGUCACACUGGCUACACAUCGGCCGGCCCCCUGCUCAGCACGGUGGCCUCCGUGAGGCACAUGACGGGAAACAGCAAGCUGCCGGACCCCUCAGGGUCCCACAGUUCCAGUCCCCCAUCCACAAAGCACCCAAAGCCCAGAAGGACAGGACCAGCGUAUUGCAGCUAGAUCAGUACCCCCAUGGGAACCCACCGUCACCUCCAUGCUUGUCCAUGCCGACUCCCCGAGACCCACCGUGGCAUCGAGGGCCCGCCUCACCCAGGAUGCCUCCCCCAGCAGAAAAGGCGCUGCAGAAGGGGACGCACAUGCCCCGGGCCCUGCACGGCCCCAGGACCUACAGCAGGACUUAUAAGAAAGUCCCCAAGAAAGAAUGUGAUUUGGACAAGCACUGUGGAGUACUUGAUCCUGAAAGGAAAAAACUCUGCACCAGACUGCUCACAUGUAAUAUUCACUCUAUCCACCAGCGCAGGCAAGUCGAAGGGAGGAGUAAGAGCUUUGAUCAGCUGGUUCUGGAGCUGAAGAUGAGUGCCAAAGCUCGGGAGCGCGCUCCUCUGGCCAGAGACGCACCCACUGAAGGCUCACCCUGCCCUCAGGCCCCUACAGCAGAGCCAGGGCCCCAGGCCUGUAGGCGCCAUACGGCCAGCUAUGUUUCUCUCAGGUCUAGGACUCCAUCAGAGAGUGGCGUGGAGGUGAAUGAGUGGGAUCCAUGCUCUGAGGGGGUAGAGGGGGUGUCAACCCUGCGCCCUCCAACCCACUCAGCCUCUAGUGAGGAAAGUGAUGGUGAAAACUAUGAGGAAUCUAAAGAUCUACCCACCAGCACAUGCCACCCCAAACCUCUGGGGCUGUGCACUUUUGGGGCGCGUGUGUUGGGUUGCAACAUGUGGGCGUUCGAUCGUAGGCUCUUCCACCUGCGUUCAGCGCUCAGUGCCAUGGUGGAACAGCAUCUCAGUGCCCAUCUGUGGAAGAAAAUCCCUCAGGUGUCUGAGCUGCGCUCUCAUCACACUUCAUCAGCCUACACAUCUGCUUUGCAGUCUGCUUACAUUUCCCAUGAUGCCAUGUACAGCCCACCUAGCAGGGUCCCCACCCCCAGUGCCUCCUCACUUAGGACUAGCACCUCCUCUGUCCCCAAGCGGCCUCCUGGGGAUAUUAGUACCUCAGGACAAUCAGAAGCCAGGGCCUCUAGCUUAACACACCCCUCCAAAACCUUGACCAAAGCCCACAUCACCUCUGCCACCAGCCAACCUCACAAUUCUGUGGGCCGCCCCAGCAAGCAAGCUUUGCAGGCCAGGCUUAGGCAACUGCAGGAGAGCCCCACACCCAGAAAGCGCAGGAAGUCUCCACCAGAGGAAGAAGACUCACUGACCCAAAACAGGAACAUCUCCAUUCCUUGCCAUAGAGAUCGGCAGCCCUCCUCAGCUAGACUCUCUUUGUCCCCCUCCUAUGGACCAAUAAAUGGCGUUCUUUUGCCAGGCAGCAAGCCACGCCCCAGGCUGCAUGUUUCCGAAACAGGGGGCUUGAUUUCCGGUCGCACAUCUCCACUCUCUCCGCCAGAAUCCUCCUCUCAUGAUGGUUGCGGUGCCUCAGGGCUGCACCGGAGGGCUCUUGGCCAUGAGCAGAAAGGGCCCGUUAAAAAACGCCAGACCAGCAGUGCCUCUUCUCUCGAGGUACUCUCACGCCAGCCCAAACCCAACAGCCUUUCCUCCACCCACACCCCAUCCAGCCUCUUCGCCUGGCGGAGAGACAGUAAGGCAGGUCCAGUCUCCCUCAGUAUGGAGAAGAAACUCGAAGCACAGAAGCCAAAGCUUCAUCACUGAGGGCAGUCUGCCUUAAACCCACCAGGAGUUAGACAUCUACUGCCACGUAUUGCCACUAAUUUUAUGCACAGGACUGUCCAAACCUUUGCAAUGUACCCAGGAGGAUGUAAGUGUGUGUCUGUGUGUGUCUGUGUGUGUGUUCGUGAAUUUUUAAAAUUGAGUUUCUACAUGUGUGGAUGGAAAUGAAUUGAUUAUCUGUGUGUGAGUAUAGAAAUACCUCAAGUCCUAUCUUAUGCUGCUAAAUAAUGUCGGAUGUUGAAAUAUAAAAUAAAUAUCCCAUACACUUGAAAUACAUUUCUCUAUCAUCAUACCGUUACAAGAAUGUGGUCAACCUCACCAGUAGAUGGCAUCGUGUCACCACUUUGUUCUUUGAUAGUCAGUUAAGGCCUGGACAAAUAGCUUACAUAGCUAUGACAACAGAGUGGUCUAUGGUGUGUUCUGUAACCACUUGUUGUGUUUACAAUAUGCUCAGUAUUUAAACAGCAUAAAUAUGUUUUAUUUGGAUACUCAGAAUUUAUACCUGUGUGAAUGGCCAGAGGUUGUUUUAUUUUUUAAUUUUAAGCACAAAAACAUUUCCAUGUAUGUUAAAUUUAUAACUUGGUUCAUAUUUAUUCAUGAUUGCUGUAUUAGAUUCUAUUAUGUGAGUUUUAUUUGAGCUUUUAUGGUCUUUAAAACUCAAACCUGUAUAAGGACCAUUAAAUUAUGAUAAUGUCAUUGUAUUUACCGUUCUUGUUCUCUCAAAGUAGCAUCUCUAGCUAUGAAUGGACAGUCUGGUAUUUGAUGAGGUCUGCCUAGUGUUCCGGCCAAAAUGUCAAGCACUGAUGUUCCGCAGAUAGAUGGGAAAUAAAAAUUGCACUGCAGCGUCAGUUUAAAGGCCUGUUUGGGUGUAUUAUAUUGCAAUGUUUUGGAAGUGAACUUAACUGAAAAUAGAUAAGGGUCUAUUUUGUAUAUCAAGCAAUAGAAUUGGAAUAAUUACUAUAUGGUUAUAGAAUCGAGCCAGCAUUCGAAAUGUACUUUUAGACUCAAUAACAAAUCUGAUUCAAAAAAGGAAGAUAUAAAUUUUUUAUUCAGGUUCUAAAGAAGUUAUAAUUUGUCUAUGUUAAAACCAUUAUAAGUCUAGCAUUUGCUUUAUCAAACUCCCCCAUUGCAGGUAUUGCAAUCUGCAGACAAUCUAACAUACAGACCUAUUACAGUGAAACAUCUCUAAUUCCUAAUAAAGAACCAGCAUUAUGCAGCAUCUACUGGAUAUUGCACUUGUAAUAUGCUUACUGAGACAUGGGCCAUGUUUGCACUAUGAGGUUAUUACUACCCUCAAGACAUUCACUUUGUAUUAAUGUGACUUCCAGUAUCUUCCUUCUCUCACAAAACAGGACAAAAUAAUUUGUUAAAAUUUUUUGAUGUUAAAAGUUUUUGAUGUGGUCAGUGUAACUGGAAUAUGCUUAAAAAUUUUGUAUGUCUAGUAUCUCCAUUGGCAGACUAUGGACAGAUGGAGCCACUUUAAAUGAAUUGUCUCUAAUACCAAAAAUUUCAGUACAAUACAACAUAAUAUUCAACACAGAGAUAGUGAAAUAAUACUUACAUUACACACUUGGCACUUGACACAUGAAAAUGACGCUCACAGUAAGAAAAUGGUAAACGGAUUCACAAAUUUUAGUGUGCUUACAUUAUACAAGCAAAGAUUAGAGGCAAGCAAUGUAAAGUGUAGUCGAGACAAUUCUAUGAAUUGAAAAAUGUCUCUUACAUAAAACAGUGUAUUCCUGAAGAAGCGUAUUUUAUUAGCUAUUUUAUAAUACAGUGCUUUGUUGCCUCCAAAGGUACAGUUUGUAAUGGCUUGGUAAAGUUUAUUAAUUAAUUUCUUAAUACAACUUACAUAUCUAAAUGACAAGACAUUGUAAACGUAUCUUCAAUAUCAUAUGACAGACACAACCUUUACAGAUAAUGUUAUUAUAAAAUGAUUAUCAGCAUCUUGUGUCACAACUGUAUAAAGAGCUCAAUAUUAUAAAGAGUAGGGGUGGCCAACAUGCUUGCGGUGAUCUAGCACUCUUUAGCUCUUACCACCUAAACAGGCUCCUUACAAGCAUCUGCAUAUUAGAGCCAGGUGUAGUAAGAACCACUCUGCAAAAGAAUAGAUCUCCAGAAGCAGGCUUGGUCACUCCAGUAGAAGAAGAAUUUCAGCCUUUGAGACACCAUGGACAAGAUGGCUUGUUAGUUACAAUAACACUGCCUCAUAAGCGUUGUGAACAAACACGGAACCAACACACAAAAGCAUGGAUAUGUUUUCCAUAAAAUGCAGCAUGAUGAACAGAGAUUAACAAGAGAAUACUGCUGCCAUCUAAGAAUACCCAAGGGUUAGAACUCUGAAAAUACACAACAGUGGCUGUAGAGUUGCUUAGGAAAGGCUUUACUGUCGUGUCUCUUGCUAAGGUGAACUGUUUCUGAAAACGAGAUACACUGACCUCUUCUCAUUGAUAUCAUGAAAGUGAGGACACCAACUCGUCACAGAAUUUUGGCUUGAGCUGGAGAGACGUUUCCAAGGCCUGCACUGCUCACUGCCUGCUGCUGUCUGUCAUAGCUGCUCUCAUUUUUUCCAUGACUUCUCCCUGAGAUAAUGCUGUGCCACCCAGCAUUCGAAAACUGGAUCUACUAAAGCCAAUAAUACACCAGAAUUGUCCUCUGCAUAUUACCACAGAGAUGGGUCAGACCUGGCAUUCUGAAUUAGCCUUCCUUCAAUUUCCAUUUGAAAAUUCGUGUAAGAUAAGAAGGGUGAAAAUAAGCUUGAUCUGACAGCCAUUUCACUCUCAUCUGCAUCAUGUCGCAGUCUC